GCACGCCUGCAGUUGUUUUUGUACAGUAUUUGGUUUGGUCCUACAGAAAUUCACCAUGGCAGGGGACAAGGGCUUUCUGAUCCUACUAAUCUGCAUCUUUCUCGCAGCGACUGGUGCUGUGAGAAUCAGUGAAAAUGGGCAGAAGGUCAUCUAUCUGCCCAAAGGGGAGUCAAUCAAAUUGGGAUGCCCUUUUGUUUCCGAUCCUGAAGAUAAUACCCCAGACAAUGACUGGGACAUUGAAUGGAAGCAAGUGAAGCCUGGCCCCUAUCCCCAGGAUAAUCCGCUCCUCAGUUACCACGAUCAUCGUAUAAUCUAUCCUGGGCCUCCUGAUCUCCAGCGGCGUGUGGGAUUCACUUCAGCAGAUCCCAGCCUAUAUGAUGCCUCUAUGCAACUGAGUGAUGUUCAGAUCACAGAUUCAGCCACAUACGAAUGCAAGGUCAAGAAAACUACGGAAGCCAGCCACAGAGUGACCAUCACGGUACAAGAAAGGCCAGCAGUCCCCCAAUGCUGGAUAAUUGGGGACAUUACUUAUGGGCAGGACAUCAUAUUGCGCUGCUUUGCUUCUGUGGGCUCUCCACCUCUCAGCUAUCACUGGUCCAUGAUGGGCGAACACAAGUUCAGGGGCAGGCUGCCUCCUGGAGGAUCUAUGGGCUCCAGCCCAGGUGAUCUCCACAUUUACGAUUUGGGCGAAGAUCAUGUGGGUACCUAUCAGUGCCGCGUGGGCAAUAAUGUCGGGGUGGCCUAUUGCUCUGUGGAUAUCUACUUCAGUGGAGGUAUCUACCAACAUUGGAUCAUCGGUGGAUCAGUUGUCGUCGGUCUCCUGGGCUUGGCCCUCAUCGCAAGUGGUGUGACCUGGUGCUGGUGGUGCUGUUGUGGGACGGGGCAGUGCCCCGGUUGCUACUGUGGGGACGAUUACUUCUGGGACUGCUGUUGCUCUUGCGGUUCCGGCCCUGAGAUGAAGCAGGAGUGCAUGGAGACCAAGGGCAGUGAAAUCUGCGUGGAUGCCAAUGCUCCUCCGAGUAGACCUUGCAGCCAAACGUUCAGCCAAGGUAGCAACCUUUCCUCUCUUUUCGGCUAUCAGUUGCAGAAUGGCCAGUAUACACAAGGCCGCAAGUAUGCACCUCCCGCCCUUCAAGUCAAGAAGACGUCUCCCCCUGACCGUGAUAUGAGCAUCGACCUGUCCCCUGAUUUCCCGUCUACACCUAAUUCAGAGCAAAGUGAUUUUGGCAACCAAUGCAACCAAUGCUAUGUCCCCCAACGAGAUCUUUAUCCUCUAACAGACUCCUCUCCCUACGUCAAGCGUAAGAACCAGAGUAGCCAGUCUCACAUUUACUCUAGCCAACAAGAUUUCAACACACCCACUGCAGACCAGAGUUGCGUUCGCUGGAAGGAUGGGAACACAAAACGUUACAAGACUACGGUGGUCACAAAGCAGUCAUCAAGCAAGCAAGGACUUUUGAUAUGAAGCCCAGCUGGGCAUGGGACUAGCAGCCAUGAGAGAGAAGAAAUUGUUGGGUUACAAGCAAGCAGCCGCUAACGCAUACCUACGGCUGUUUUCCAUAUCCAUAUUUUCAUCUGAAAUAUCAUCUGAAGUGAAAUGUGGCUGUUUUAAGUAAGAACAAAUAUUGUAUAACAAUUUAGAAAAGAAAAGGUUAUCAAGCUAUGGAGACAUUACCCAACUUUGUCUUAGAUGACUUGUAAUUGCAUAGACUUGGCUAAAAAAUUAGCAGUUCUAAAGGAUAUAAAUUGAUUUACAUUAGAUAGCAGAAUACAGACCUUGGCAUAAUAUGUUGUUUUUAACAGGGAGCAAUGUAUGCAAUGUAUGCAAUUCUAAGGCUAUCAUACAUGGGGCAUUCUAGCAGAACAUGGAUUAGAUCUUCAAAUGAAACAAAAUUGCAU